UUUUGAAGGGUGGCCUUGCGGAAGCCAAUACAUUGUGCUGCGUUUAAAAGUUACUGUUCAGAAUUUAUCUUUUCGCAUUUUAAUGCAGCUUCGGGAAGGAUCCAUGUCAGAAGUUCUGCUGGCUCGUGUGAAGGCUUUGGAAGAGGAGGGGGAGAGACUGAAAGCUCAGCUGAAAGUGGAGAGAGAUGGAGCUAAGAGAGAGGAGAGGACUGAAACAUCAGCCAGUCUCCAGACAGAGAGCUUAAAACAUCAGGAAGGUGAGGAGAACAGAUCCAAACAGAAGAAACGAGGAGCAGAGAGGCCCUUUGACUUCUCUGUCCAUCCUCGCAGACAUGUGGCACUGCGGCUGGCGUAUCUCGGCUGGCAAUAUCAGGGCUUCGCUGUCCAGGAAAACACAGACAACACCGUUGAAGCCCGGCUUUUUGAGGCACUGCUGAAGACUAAACUGAUCCAGGACCGACAGACCUCCACCUAUCACCGCUGCGGCCGCACAGAUAAAGGAGUCAGUGCUUUCUCUCAGGUCAUAUCCAUUGAUGUGCGCUCAACACAGUAUGGAGGAGGUUUAGGUGUGACUGUCCCAGCUGGAGUGGAGGUCAAAGGCAAGGCGUCUGCAGAAGAGUUACCCUACGUGAAGAUGCUAAAUAGAGUCCUGCCACAGGACAUUAGGAUCCUGCAGUGGGCUCCUGUAGAAACCGGCUUCAGUGCACGCUUCGACUGCCAGUCCAGAACAUACAGAUACUACUUCCCUCGUGGAGACUUAGACGUGGAUCUCAUGGCAGAGGCUGCUAAACGGUAUGAGGGAACACAUGAUUUCAGGAACAUCUGUAAGAUGGAUGUAGGUAAUGGAGUCUUGCGGUUCCAAAGGACCAUCUUGUCUGCCUCCAUCCAGCCAGCCCAGCUUAACCCCACCUGCCCUAAUGAUCCACACCAACUCUAUGUCUUCCAGGUCAAAGGUCUUGCUUUCCUCUAUCACCAGGUUCGCUGCAUGAUGGCUUUGCUGCUACUCAUUGGACAGAAACUCGAAGCUCCAGAAAUCAUUGAUCAGCUGCUGGAUGUGGAGAAAAACCCAAGGAAACCUCAAUACAGUAUGGCGGUGGAUUACCCUUUGGUUUUGUAUGACUGCCACUUCGAGGGUGUGAAUUGGAGGAAUGAAACGGAGGAGGAGAACCACGUCCUGAACUCUUUGCACCAGCACUGGGUUCAGAACGCAGUGAAAACCCAAGUUCUGCUCGGCAUGAUCCAAGGCCUUCAGAAAACAACCACAGAGAUGACAUCUCUGCAGUGCUGGCUCAUGGAGGGCUCCAGGCAGAGGAAGUACCAGCCUCUUCUGGACCGGCCGCGCUGCGAGAGUUUGGAGUCCAGGAUCCAGCACUUUGUGAAGAGAGGGAGACUGGAGCAAGAAGAAGGAGAGGACGGGGAGGAGACGACCGUUUUCAGAGGGAAAAGAUCAAAACAUUCCCAUCUGACAACAACAAACCAAAUCCAGGAGCAAAACCAUGGAGCAAAAACCCAGGAUUGCCCUUUACAAAACCUGUAAACGUACUGUUAUGAACUUUUACGUUUUCUGCUUUGACUUUUAAUUUGUGUACAAAAAGUUUUUUUUUUACUUUGUUCUCAUAGCAGCGCAAUUACCUAAUUUUCUGUUGUGCCGAAGAAAGACUUUUAUUAAAGGAUUGCUCUGUGUAA